AUGCGACCUCGAGUCGUCCCUAAAUUGAGAUUCUGGACAAUUCGGACUGGAACGAAUGAAGACGCGAGUCGUCUAACGACUAACGUUGAGCGGUUUGCACCUCUCAAUGCCACGAACCUGUUCGGAUACGCGACCCGCGCAGCCGCCCGUUCAACCUCAACUCAAGCCUCUACCAGCACACCGACGCGUCGCUGCAUACCACCGUGGACAUCAUCUCAGGCCGAUCUGACGCCCCUCGGUCCCGUCAACCCCAACGACAACUCGACGACAGGGACAGGACCUACUCCUACGGAUUCGUGCUGUGCGAGGCGUAACCAGAUUAGUAGAAGUGAACUCGGCUAA